CACUCCCCUUGCUUCUAGACAUCCGACCAAUGUUGACUGCACUUCGCCGCACACUCCUCUCUGUCAGUGCGCGCCCGUCACUCAGAACCGCCUCUCCCUCCUCCUCUCGCUUAGCAGCCUUUUUCUCCACUACACCCUUCCGCCUCGACCAAAAUGCUGGCGGAGCCCGUUUGCAUCUACGCAGGGGCGCCGAUGCGAGCCCCACUGAGCUCGAGAAGAUCAUCAAAGAAGCCUUCGGCCCGUUCGGACAGAACUUCGUCAAGAUAGUGGUCAGCCAGAGCCCCGACCGCCCGGCGCGCGCAUUCGUGGAGUUCCAGAACAAGGCAGACGCGGAGGCUGCGCUCAACUCCCCUGCCCUUCGCGAGACUUUCGCGCCGGUCCGGAGGGAUGCACCGAUGACCCAGCCUAGUCCUCGGCUGCACGUUUCGCGCGAGGCGGGUUCCCUCGGAAUGACUGUCGCCGAAGAGCGAGCGCUCUUCGCACGAUUCGGACCGAACACGGUAUCAGCGCCCGAGGGCGAGUCGUACUACUUCUUCGUGGAGUACGAGACGCAGGCUGCUGCGGACGCGGUGCUGCGUGAGCCAGUGCUGAAGGGUAAGUUUGAUGUGGGGUACGCGAAGACCAGGUUGGAGGGACCCAAUCUGACACUGUUCGUCGUCAUGAAGGAGGGUCCGGCUGUCCCGAUGGCGGGCUUGCGACGACAGGACGUCCGCGAGUCGUUCGCGAAGUUCGGAGGGCCUAGAUUGCGAUUUGUCCGAACUCGGAAGGAUGCGCCAUUAAUAUUCGCUGACUUCCAGAACCAAGUCGAUGCGGACGCUGCGUUGAACUCUCCUGAAAUGAAGGAGAAGUAUGUCAUGGAAUACAGCAAGACUAUCCGACACAUAGACAGCUCGUAGACUGUCUUCACUCUGAGUAGCUGUGAUCGGACAACUCACUAAGGCUCUCUCCUACUGUCUGCUAUCUGGUCUCGCGGGUCGUCAAUGACUACUGCGAUCCUCUUGCUUUAGCGCUUUCUGGAUAUUUAUCCCCUUUCCGUGCUUGCGCCUCAGACAUGCAAGGAAAAAGUAGCUAGAGUCUGACUAAGUGCAGAUAUAUGUUACCUCACUCUCACCACGUACAGCCAGAACCGUGCAAUCACAUUCAAAGCUGUAAAGCACAGCAAAUGUA